ACACGAUUAUACAGAAAGACAAGAUGGCAGCUUCAUUGGAAGACGAAUUUGAAGAUGCGCCUGAUGUGGAGCCUUUAGAACCGACACUGAAGAAUAUAAUCGAGCAGAAGUCUUUAAAAUGGAUAUUUGUGGGUGGAAAAGGUGGUGUCGGUAAAACGACAUGUAGCUGUAGUUUGGCUGUCCAGCUCGCUGCUGUCAGGGAGAGCGUCCUCAUCAUCUCCACUGAUCCUGCUCAUAAUAUCUCUGAUGCUUUUGACCAGAAGUUCUCAAAGGUCCCUACUAAGGUUAAGGGCUAUGAUAACCUCUUUGCAAUGGAGAUUGACCCGAGCCUGGGUGUGGCAGAGCUGCCUGAUGAGUUCUUCGAGGAGGACAACAUGCUCAGCAUGGGUAAGAAGAUGAUGCAGGAGGCCAUGAGUGCUUUCCCUGGCAUCGACGAGGCCAUGAGCUAUGCAGAGGUCAUGAGGUUAGUGAAAGGAAUGAACUUCUCAGUGGUGGUGUUUGACACUGCCCCUACCGGUCACACACUGCGGCUGCUCAACUUUCCCACCAUUGUGGAACGUGGUCUGGGCCGCCUCAUGCAGAUUAAGAACCAGAUCAGCCCUUUCAUCUCGCAGAUGUGUAACAUGCUUGGUCUGGGUGACAUGAAUGCAGAUCAGCUGGCCUCUAAACUUGAGGAGACCCUGCCAGUCAUCCGCUCCGUCAGUGAGCAGUUCAAAGACCCGGAACAGACCACCUUCAUCUGUGUGUGCAUUGCUGAGUUCCUGUCACUGUAUGAGACGGAGCGGCUGAUCCAGGAGCUGGCCAAGUGCCGCAUUGACACACACAACAUCAUCGUCAACCAGCUUGUUUUCCCUGACUCAGAGAGGCCGUGUAAAAUGUGUGAAGCCCGCCAUAAAAUCCAGUCCAAGUAUUUAGACCAGAUGGAGGACCUUUAUGAAGAUUUCCACAUAGUUAAGCUACCGUUGCUGCCACAUGAAGUUCGAGGUGCUGACAAGGUCAACACGUUCUCUAAGCAACUUCUGGAACCGUACAAACCCCCAAAUAAGUGAUCUCCCCUCCCUGCAGUAGCUCCCCUCUCCCUCUUACAGACCACACUUAUACAGUCUGAACUCACCUCCUCGGAGCUCCCCCCAGCCAGCCUCAAACACCGCAGUAACAGCCUCAAGUUGGUCCACUCAGUCCUCAGCCUGCCAUCCAAAGCAGAACACUGCUACAAGCAAGACACACGCCACAUCGAAGGGGAGCUGAUGAUAUCAUAAACACACAAACACACACAUACAUAGCUUUCUUUACUGUUACAGACAGAAUGCAGUGCAUAUUUGUGCUGCUUUACUCUCUGGUCAACUUCUCUUUCCUUCCUUUCCUCCGUGUGGGUCUUGUACUAUUCGUACUUGAAGCAUUUAACUUUUUCUCUGCAAAAACCUCUUCUUCUUCCUCCUCUUCUACUCCCUUUGUCCUGCGCAGUGUCCAACCUCAGUUGUGAAGACAAAGUGUUUCCAUUGACGGGUGCUGUGUAUUCCAGGAUAAAUCGGCUUUCAGAUGGUUAAUGUUUAUGCCUUGUUAUUCUGUGUGGUUUGGUGUCUGUUCUCCGGUUUGACUUUUCACGCAAAUUCAUCUCUUAUGUCAGGAAUUUACAUCAAAAUCUCUACAGAAUCAGGGUGUCAAAAAAGAGGGAUACCUUUCAAAAAACAAACCAAACAAAACAUCCAAAGCCCAAUACGGGCUAUCUGGGGUCUUUAGUCAUUUUUGUUCCAGACCAAGACUAUCCUUGUUACUGCAAAAAACAAAAAAAACAGAGCAGUAGUGUGUCUUCUACCAUUUGUCCUGUCAUUAGACCUCACCAUGCAGUAACCUAUUGUCACUGAGAUUUUGAAUCAAGUCAUAUUGGGAGCUUUAUAUCCAUAUAUUGCUCUUAUUGUUUGAACUGCCCAGUCUUAAUGGCCUCUGUUAAAUAUUUUAGGCCAGUGCAGUUGCCUCAGGUGGUAUGCUGGUGGAGACGGUACUACUUUUACGAGAUUCAAAGACAAAAUGUGAGAUGAGACUUGAUGUUCCAGUGGCUGAAAGACUUUAUGCAGACAAAUUCUCAGCUCCGGUUUCCCAUACUAUGCUCGCAAAACUCAUCAACCACUCUCCUCUGUCGAACAUAUUGUGUCCAUCCUCUUUACUGAGAACUAAAUGGGAACACAAUUGAAAUAUAUUAGUAGCCUUAUUUAGCACAUUGUUAAUUAAAACAUAGUGAAUGUUGCUUAAUCAACUGUUGAUGAAAUGAAUGGAGCUUCUUUGCCCUAAUGAAUGAAUACUGGACUUAGAUUGGCUUGCCUGAUGCUUCAUUGUUUUCCAAUUUAAAAGAUACAGGUGGCAGGUUAAUGUUCAAGAAAAAAAAUUUCCCCUUUUGUGUCACUGGAUGCGUUUGAUUUAAUAAAAAUCUGUUUUCCUAAGGUUUUCUUUAAAUUAUAUUGCAAGUGUGAAUUAAAACAAACUUGCCUCAAA